UAUACCGUGGAACAAUAAAGAUCGUGACCACUGAUCAAACUCGCAAACAAAAUUUAUUAAAAAAAAUAUCGUAUCGUGUAGAACAAAUUCUGUGAUGAAAAUUUUACUAAUAAUUUGUUUAAUAUGUGUAACUUCCGCCAAAUCGAGCGAUAUCGAAACGUCAACCGUAAAAAAGUGUGAAGGGAUACACGUACAUAACAAAUUUCACAAAAAAGAUGUCAUAGGCUUGGGAUUGAACCGCCCUUAUCAAUUAGCCUAUGAUCAUAGUGACCAUAAAAUUUUCUUCAGUUACAACACCGGCAAAGACGAUGAAGACUCAUUUGAAAUUGGAUAUAUUGAAAAAGGUCAUAUAAAACACAAAGUAUUAAAAAGUGUAGAAAAUGGAUUCGCAAUAGCGAUUGACAAUAAAGAUAAUGUCGUAUUUUUCGGAGGCAGCGAAGGGAUAUAUAAGCAGCACCUCAAAACGAAUGGUAGUGAAGUAGAAAAAGUUAUAAGCCACCAUAAUAUUUGGGAUAUGUUCUUUAAACACCACCUAUAUUUCAUUGAAUAUCCAUCGCAGAAAUUAUAUAAGUGUGAACACGAUAAAACUAAUAUAAAAGUUGAACAUCAAAAAGUCAUUCAUGAAAAAAUAUUUCAGUUUGCAAUUGAUGGUGACGAUGAUAUGUUUAUUACAAAUGAAACCGGGCUGUACAGAAUCAAAAACGGUUCCGAUCACCGUAUUUAUUACGAUGGACCUAGAAUAUAUCGAGCUAUCGAAAUAGAUAACAAAGGUGUAGCACAUUUUAGUGGUCAAAAUGGAAUUUUUAUUGUGAAUAAAGAUAAUAAUACACUUGAAAAAAUUGCUCAUAUCAAAAAUAUAUUCGGUAUAACAUUCGAUAACAAUAACAAUAUCGUGUACUCAGAUCCCCAUGAAAUUGUUAAAUUACUGCCCGAGGAAUGUUAGUAUUAACUACUAUUAUUUGUUAGUUUUUGAAAAAUGAUCUUUCAAAAUUUAAUUAUUUGAUUAACCAAUCAAUUAUAUUAAUAUACUAUUUCCCCUAUAAUCGAUUUUUAAAUUUAUUUUAAAAUAAUGUAGUACGUAUGUAAUACUAGAUUUAUUGUAUGAGUGAAUGUCUCACGUCACAUAACGAGCACAUAUCAGAACUAUAAUUAUAUCUAGAAUACGUAUUUAUAGAAUGGCAUUAAUAAUAAAAAUUAAAUAAUU